AUGGUACAGGAACAAAAUAUAUCUCCAGAGCAAAUUUAUAAUGCUGAUGAGACAGGUUUGUACUGGCGUAUGCUACCCACAGACACAAUGGCUCAUAGUGGUGAGGACGAUCCUUCAGGUGGUUAUAAACAGAACAAACAGAGAUUUUCUUUGUGGUACUGUACAAAUGCAGCUGGCACGCACAAAUUAAAAUUACUUGUGAUUGGAAUUAGUAAAAAACCCAGGGCUUUAAAGUCAGCCAGGUGCCUCCCUGUGAUUUAUAAGGACCAGCCAAGUAUGUGGAUGUCUCGAGUAAUAUUUGUCGAGUGGUUUAAUAAGAACUUUGUACCUGAGGUGAAGGAGCACCUGAAAAGUGUUGGUCUCCCGGAAAACAGCAAAGUUGUGCUGCUGCUAGAUAACAGUUCAACGCAUCCACGAGGUGAUGAGCUAGUAAAUGGUAAUAUUAUUGGAAUGUUCUUGCCACCCAAUUCAACUUCAGUGAUCCAACCCAUGGAGCAAGGAUUAAUUAACAACCUUAAACACCACUACAAGAUGAUGUUUGCCAGACGUCUAAAUAAUCAGCUUGGAACAAUUAAGGACUUUUAUAAAGUCUUCACAAUAAAGUCAGCUAUCUGGACUAUUGCUAGUGCAAUAGGAAUAAAGCAGACAACACUAAGAAAUGGUUGGAACAAACUUUGGCCCACGUCAAGUCUGUUUCCUGAGGAAGAUGACGAAGCAGAUUUCGAAGGAUUUGCAGUGAAGAAAGUUAGCGAGAGGAAAAAAUUAAGAGGAACUCCUAGCCUAUGUCAAGGGGAUUAA